AAGAAGAAGUCCUGUUCCGCAUCCCGCGCGCAUCUUGAAGUCGGUUAUCCUGCAACUCAACUAUGUACAACUUGGGGUCCGCGAGGCUCUGAGGGCACGAGCCAGUAUGUUAACAAGUAAGCGCGUCGCUGUUUCAUCGUUUUAGUUAAAUAUAUGUCGAGUAAAGGCUUUAGAGAACAUGUCAUAUCACGAAAAUUGUGAACGACCUGAGACGAAGCCUGUGGCUGACAUUGGAUCUGAGGCAAAUGGCUUGGAGGCAUUCAUCCAUUCAUUGUCUAUAAGAGUAGAAUACUACAGAUCAUUUGAGUAUUGCCUGAAGUGGAAAGGACCCAUGUAUCUCAGACGCUCCUCCAGGCUACCACAAGCCUCCAAGAAGAGCCCCCAGAGAAGUCCCAGCCCUCAUGAAGAAGUUAUCCAGCGCAAGUUGAGGGGCAAGAGACGGGGGACAUGGCAGAGGAAAACCGAGGCUGAUGAAGGAGUAGUUAACACAGACAAGAAGAGCAAGCGUGACAUCAUUGACAUCAUCAAUGACACACGUGAUGCAAGUGUGGCUGAGAAGGAUGAAGGAAAGUUUGUGGAGAUCGCUGAUAAAGGAGUGGACGAGUCAGAUGAUGACUGCUGCUCUGUGAACAGCAGCAUAGCUUCUGGUCCCUCCCUCUUACCUCACACCAGUAAACAGAGGCCUGCACAGGGCCUGUGCUCAGCCUGUCACAAGCUCUACCAGAGGGCAAAGAAGAUGAAAGCCCCAAUCAAAAACAAACUCUUAAACAAUGAUCCCAAGUCCCUAACAUGUGACCAGUGGGUCUUGAUCAAAAAGUGGAUGCCCAGAAGGCUGCCUAAUGCUAGAGGGAAACUUUUGAUCCAUGUACAACGGGUUACCAAAAAACUCAGGGUCAAGAAGCGUUUGAAGCAGCAUGUGGGAGAGUCAUCAGCCUGCUCGAGGCCACACACCUUCCUACAGAGGAACCUCAGGUGUUGUGUCAGAGCGACAGUGAAAAAUGACAGGAAGAAGAAAACAAGGAGGAAGAGGACAAGAGAUGAUUCCCAGGGUUCUCGCGUUGCUAAGCAGCAGCGUCGCCGCAGCAACAGACACCGCCAGCACACUGGUGAUGACAGCGGCCCUCUCCCAACCAGCAGUCCCGGUAUGGAGAGUUGCAGCAAUCUAGAAAUCAGCAAUCAAGCAGACACAGAUCUGACUGUAAACUCGAUCUCCUCAACAGUCGCCCUGGAAACCACCAAGCCAAGAGAGCUCAAACCUAUGCCGAAAACGACAAAGAAGACGAGUGGAUUCAGAGACUUACUUGCCCAGCUGCGCGGCAACAGCAGCAUCAUUGUCAGAGAAACACGUUAGUGACAUGACUCCAACUUUUUUAAGCUCCUGUUUAAUGGCUACAGUAUCGUUCCAGUGCUGAUGUAGCCUUCACUUGUGUUGCUUAGUUGGUUUUCAGAGUUAUUUAGCUUGGCUUCAUUCUCCUCUGAAUACUGGUUUGUAAAUAAUUGUUGCCUGUUGUUACCUGGAGUCAUAUACCUGGAGUUUAUUGUUGUUUAAAGUUGUUGCAGUUCCAUGCUCUUGCACAUAAUUUAUUUUUCCUUAGAUUUCAAAAUAGCAUUUAUUUACAUUUCCAUACAACUGGAUGACUGGAAAUAAAUGUGCGUUGUUUUUUUAUUUACAUUAAUGUUUGAUUCCUAUGAAAGACCUUCUUAACAUUUUCAUCAUCAGUAGCUCUAUGUGAACACUUUCAGUAACAUUCUGUAUAUCACUUUACUUUUUAAACUCUAAGCUUUGUCCCAAAUACACCACACAUCACACCAGUUCUUAGCAGGUUAGCAGUGUCUUCACACUGGAAAAGUGCUUGCAGACAGUUUUAGUAUGCCCUGUUUUUUUUUUUUUUUUUUUGUCCAAAAAAAAAAAAAACUUGAUUUUUGUGUGCACUGUUGAUGGACCCCAUUUUGGAAAAAAUAACAACUUGUAAUGGAUGGUGGUGAAACAGCCCCAGGAACAUCUCAAAAAUCAAAAAACAUCUAUCAAGUGUUUGGGAAAAUACAUGGCCAUCACUUUGUUACAUUUAAUGAGCUGUGGCACAGACUGAUGGCAUCAUUUUCUGUUAGAAAACAGUCAAGUCUGUUUAUUUCUCGCAUACUAACGGCAAACAACAAACAAACUAUACUAUAAAGAUUGUUAUCUGUACUGUAAUACCUCUACAGUUAGUAUGUGAUAUGGGACUGGGACACAGUAUGUUUCUUCUAAAACACUAAUUACCAAGUACAUUUCAUCACUGAAUAUCUGCUGGUAGUGAGUUGUGGAUAGAAGCUGUGCUCUGAAAAUAUAAUAAAGAUAUUACUUUGUAGAACUUAA